UUCCGGCGGUAACGAAGCCGGUGAUUUUCUCAGGUGGUCGCGCGCGCGGGAUAAAAGGAAACAGAUCUGGCUAGGAAAACCGGCUUCCCCGCCCCGCUAUGGCCUCUCUGCUCAAGGUGGACCCGGAAGUUAAGAUCAAGGUAGACUCUUUCAGGGAGAGAAUCACAGGUGAAGCUGAGGAUCUAGUGGCAAAUUUUUUUCCAAAGAAGCUUUUAGAACUUGAUGGGUUCCUUAAGGAUCCCAUUCUGAACAUUCAUGAUCUCACACAAAUCCAUUCAGAUAUGAACCUUCCCGUUCCGGACCCAAUUCUGCUGACAAACAGUCACGAUGGACUGGAUGGGUCCAAUAUGAAAAAGCGAAAAUUGGAAGACUGUGAAGAGACCUUCCAAGGUACCAAAGUCUUUGUCAUGCCUAAUGGUAUGCUGAAGAGCAACCAGCAGCUGGUGGACAUCAUUGAGAAAGUAAAACCAGAGAUUCGGUUGCUGAUUGAGAAAUGCAAUACAGUCAAAAUGUGGGUACAGUUGCUGAUUCCCAGGAUAGAGGAUGGAAACAACUUUGGUGUUUCUAUUCAGGAAGAGACUGUAGCUGAGCUCCGAACUGUGGAGAGUGAGGCAGCUUCAUACUUGGAUCAGAUCUCUAGAUACUACAUCACACGAGCAAAGCUGGUUUCUAAAAUAGCAAAAUAUCCUCAUGUGGAAGAUUACCGCCGCACAGUGACUGAAAUGGAUGAAAAAGAAUACAUCAGUCUCCGGCUCAUCAUUUCAGAGCUCAGAAAUCAAUAUGUGACUCUGCAUGACAUGAUUCUAAAGAAUAUUGAGAAGAUCAAGCGACCCCGGAGCAGCAAUGCAGAGACCCUCUACUGAUAUGGCUGCACUCUGAACUUAUGAACUCUUCAGUAGGCUCAAGACAGUCUUUGCCUCAGUUUAUGUGACUAUCAAGAUGGGGAAGCUGGCUGGAAACAGUCCUCACCAUACUUUUAGUUAAACAUCUAAAGAAACUCUCUCCUAGUCCUUUUCUGGUUGGUUUUUUGUUGGAUCUUUGAAUUUUUCCCUUUUCCUACCAUGUCUUUGAGAUACAGAAGGAUAGAACAGACCAUCUCCUGCUAUAUUGGUAGGCAUAGGAGAUUCGCUAAGCUGUUCCAGGCAAGAAUCCCAAGAUCAGAAGCCCUAAACAGUCCAGGUCUAGCAUCCCUGACAAACUCCUUUCUAGGUAAUUUGUGCCUGCCAAGAGCACUGUCAACUUCUACCCAGAGCUGAUGUUUCUGGUCAUAAGCUUCACUUUAGUCUUCCCACUGAAAUUUAGUUUUUCAUCUCAACAUGGUUUGCCCUUAUCUAACUUUGUGACUUGUCCAAUCAUGCAAGUUCUAAUGCCAUUAUAAAUUUCUCUUUUCUACAUGUAU